AUGGUGCUGCGCGAGGGACGAGAACUAAGUGAUGGCGUCAUCGCUACUUUUAAUGUGGACCAUAAGUCCAGCAAGGAACUGCGUCAGUAUCUCUCCAAUCUGGCCGACCAGUGUAACAGCAAGAACAAUUCGGUGGACAUGCCUCUGGUCAUCAUCCUGGACAACCUGCACCACGUCAGCUCCCUGGGGGAUAUCUUCAAUGGCCUUCUGAACUGCAAAUACCACAAGUGCCCAUACAUCAUCGGCACCAUGAACCAGGCAACUUCCUCCACGCCCAACCUGCAACUCCACCACAACUUCAGGUGGGUGCUCUGCGCCAACCACACGGAGCCAGUAAAGGGUUUCCUGGGGCGCUACCUCCGCCGGAAGCUGAUUGAAACAGAAAUGACCAACCGAGUACGAAACGUGGAGCUGGUGAAGAUCAUUGAUUGGAUCCCCAAGGUGUGGCAGCAUCUCAACCGCUUCCUGGAGGCUCACAGCUCCUCAGAUGUCACCAUCGGUCCUCGCUUGUUCCUGUCCUGCCCUAUGGAUGUGGACGGCUCUAGGGUCUGGUUUACGGAUCUCUGGAACUACUCAAUCAUUCCAUAUCUGCUGGAGGCUGUCAGGGAGGGACUGCAGUUGUACGGCAGGAGGGCGCCCUGGGAAGAUCCUGCUAAGUGGGUCAUGGACACAUACCCGUGGACCACUGUUCCCCAACAACAUGAGUGGCCACCAUUGCUGCAGCUGCGACCAGAAGAUGUUGGAUUUGACGGUUACUCUGUGCCAAGGGAGGGGACCUCCAGUAAGCAAGCUCCCUCUGGAGACGGUGAAGGAGAUCCACUGAUGAACAUGUUGAUGAGGCUUCAGGAAGCCGCCAACUACUCCAGCCCGCAGAGCUACGACAGCGACUCCAACAGUAACAGUCACCAAGAUGACAUCCUGGACUCGUCGCUGGAGUCCGCCCUCUGA